CAGGACGGCGGCGACGGCGGGGCUGCAGGGCCUUCCGGGGCGAGGAGGGUUGCGCGGCUUCCAGAGGGCGAUCCUACCCUUUGCACCCAAGUGGGCCCGAGCGCAGGGAGCACCUCCGGCGCCCCCUCGGCGCCACGUGCUUGUCCAUUCCUUUCCCUCGCCGCGGCGCCGCCCGUGCGCCAAUGAAGCUCCGCGUCCUCGGCAUGCUGGCGGCGCUGCUGGGCCUGGCCGGGAGGGCGGCCGCCUCGCGCUGGCUGCGCUCGCACUCGGGCGCCAAGAUGGCACACCAGCACGAGGCCCUGCUCUUCGCCCGAGCCUCUGCGCACGCCGGCUCGGGCAUGCUGGCGAUGGAGGCCGCCCGCGUCGUGCACAAGACCGCGUACUGGGGCUCCAUGUCCCUCGGCUCGCCGCCGCAGCACUUCAGCGUGAUCUUCGACACUGGCAGCGGCAACCUGAUAGUGCCGGACGCGUCCUGCAAGACGGCGGGCUGUGCCCCGCAUAAGAAGUACAGCUCGCACGCCUCCACCUCCAGCAUGGCUGUGACGAACGAGAAGAACGAGGGAUCCUCGGAAAUCACGUUCGGGACUGGGCAGAUUGCGGGUGACUUCUACAAAGACAAGCUGUGCAUUGGCGAGUCCCUGUGCAUCGAUGCCAAGUUCAUCGCUGCAGACCAGAUGUCGAAUGAGCCGUUCCAGGAGAUCCCCUUCGACGGCAUUAUGGGCCUGGGGUUCAAGGAUCUGUCCAUGGGCGAGGGCUUCAACAUCGUCGAUGACUUGAACGACAAGCAUGUCGUGCCUGGCCCUGGUGGAGGCAGCGUUUUCUCUUUCUACGUCACGGACGGCGACGACAGCGAGGUCACCUUCGGCGGCUACCGAUCGGAGCGCCUCGCGUCGGACAUCGUCUGGGCGCCAGUCCGGGUGCAGUCGUGGUGGCAGGUCGGCAUUGACGACAUCACGUUCAACAAUCAGCCGAAGAAUCUGUGCGACGGCGGCUGCCAGGUGGCCGUGGACACGGGCACGUCCAUGCUCGCGGGUCCUUCGGAUUUGGUGGACAAGCUCAGCACCAUGGUCGGCGCCAAGGACGACUGCUCUAAUUUCGACUCCCUGCCGAACUUGGGGUUCCAAAUCGGCGAGGUUGUGCUCAACCUCCGCCCGGACGACUACAUGGACCGCUCCGCGUCCGGCUGCUCCAUCUCUCUCAUGGGCCUGGACGUGCCCCCUCCGAAGGGCCCGGUGUUCAUCUUCGGCGACCCGUUCCUGCGGCGCUUCGUCACGAUCUAUGACCGCUCGAAGCCCGCCGUCGGCUUUGCGGUGGCCAAGCGCGUGGGCGAGUCCACCUCGGGGCUCAUCGCCCACGUCGGGGGCGGCAGCAGCCCCAAGGGCGCCGCUGCGGAGAACGCAAAUCCUUUCGCAGUGGACCUCCACCUGAGCGCAGGGGACAUGACCGGCGCUCCUGCCGCUGGCGACAGCGAGGGCGGCUCGUCGGAGCCCGCGUCAGCGGACGCGUCGGCAGCGGCAGACGUGGGAACGCUCGCACCUGUGACGCAGCCGACCGAGACGAGUGCCCCGACUGCACCGGCAAGCAUGGACACCGGCAGCACGCCUCUCCCGGCCGCUGCGGCCGCCGACGGCAGUCCCAGCACCACCUUCAACUUCGUGGCAGACGAUCCCAGCCUGGCGCUGCAUUUUGACGCGAGCGACGGCACGACCACUGGCCCCUCCGCGCCCGACAGCGGCGUGGUCAGCACCACCGACAACGUGUUCGCCCACGAUGACCCCCUCAAGGCCUGGAUGGGCCUUGACGACAAGGUCCCCACGACGGCGACCUCCGCUCCCGCAGCCAGCAGCGGAGCCCACCAGGAGAUGUCCGCGGUCAAGAGGGAGGAGGAUGCCGUCAUGGAGAUGCGCAGGAUGCUGCGCGACGGCUUCCUCAUCCAGAAGGCCAGCCGCGAGUUUCGCCACCUGGUGUCGGUGAAGCUGUUCCGCAGCGACAGCCCAUCGGCCGCGCUGCAGGUGAAUCGUAGCCGCCCGUCGCACUGAACGGUGGAGGACUUCUGGUCUCCGCCGGCUCCUGGCGAGCGAUGAACAGAGGGAGUAGUAUUGAAUGCAGCGCUCACCAAGUGAUUCGCAGGAGUAGCAUCCGCGCUUGAGGAUGUUCAGCACCGCUCGCGUGACGCUACAGCACCUGGUUUCGGAGAAAGCUACUCGUGCUCAAGGUGACC